AUGUCUUCGGCCUUCGCCAAACAGAAGCUCAAGGCCGCGCGAGACGCCCUGGGCAAGAAGAAGUACGAUGAUGCAAAGAAUGCAGCCUCUCAAGUUCUUGAAUACGAGCCGGAUAACUACAAUGCUCAUGUCUUCCUCGGGCUCGCUUGCCUAGAGCUCGGCGAGCACGAUAACAGCGAGAAAGCAUAUCGCACGGCGAUCGACCUCAACCCUUCACAGCUACUGGCAUGGCAGGGCUUGUCCAAGUUCUACGAGAAGACAGGCGCGUCGGACAAGUACCUUGACACCCUCACCAAGCUCGCCGAUCUACACGCCAAGGCUGGCGAUGCGACCAAAUGCGCAGAAGCACUCCAAAAGUUCCUCGACAUCCGCCGCGCGAACGGGUCGCGCCAGCAGCUCGUCGACGCCCUCGGCCUCUUCCUCCCCGGCUCUCCCUACUACGAUGCGAUCGCGACUUUGGAACCGCCCGACUUCACCAACCCCGAGUCGAGCGCGACAUUCUUUACGCAGAGCGCCGUGCAUAAUUCAUUACCGAUCCUCGAGGAGAUGGUCGCGCUUCUGGAGCAAGACGAGGCCGAGCAACUCAAGCGCGAGGUCGAGAAGCGGCGGACGCGGCUGGGGGCUGCGGGCCCCGAGCAGCUCAGGAGGGAGGUCGGGCGUGAGAUAUGGGGCACGUCGAAGCUUCCUACAUUGUACAACGAGAUCAUCAACCAUCCCAAGACUUCCGAUGAACUGCGUCGCGAGACGGAGUCGAAAGUUCUAUUCUACAAGCGGCAAUACCUCUUUGCACUUCCAGCAGGGAAGGAGAAGGAUGAAAUACGCGGUCAGGUUGAGGAGAUGGCCAACGGUGUCGUAGUUCUGCAAGUUCCGGACGAACUCGCGUGGACGACGUACCUUGAGCUAAAGGACUGCGCAACUGUAGAAGAGUAUGAAUACGAUACGCUGCGUCAAUAUCUGCGCCUUUUCCCUACGCUGCCGCUCGGGUCUAUGAUCAAGGGCUACCUAUCAUACUUUGGCAUCCCUCUCGAAGAGGAAGAGGAAGACGAUGAGGACGUCAAGAAGGCCCCCAUCCCAGGAGGGGAUGAGGACCCUUUCGAUCUGGUCAUGGACGCCUUCGCGUCGCUGUCCGACUCGACAAUUGCUUGUCGGCUCAUAGCCGACAUAUACCUGCAUGAAGAAGACUGGGCUCAGGCGUCGAAGACAUCCAGCAGCGGCCUCGAGCUGGUGAGUAGAGUGGAGACUAACUACGGAAAGAAAGCCGCAAGGACACGCAUGGGCUUCAACGUCGUACUUGCCACCUCACUUGUCCACCUCUUCCCUCCUAAGCACCAUGCUCGCGCCCUUCCCAUCCUCGAUGAUGUCCUAUCGCAGGACCCCCUCAACGUUCCUGCGCUCAUGGGACGAGCAUACGUCCUGGAGGCUGCCCAGAACUGGAACGAGGCAGCAGAAUGUCUGAACAAGGUCGUUUCCAUCCUCCCCGACGAUCUCGACGACGGUCUACGCGCCAAGGAAGAGCUGGCUUGGUGUCGGAGCCAACAGGGUGACCUUGCAGGCGCUGUCGAGGCACUCUCGGAGGUGAAGGAGACGCUCAAUGGGCUCGAAGGCCGCGAACUCGACCAAGCCAGAUGUUUGUGGCGCAUCGGCAAGUGCUACUGGGACAUGGGAGGCGACGAUCGCGAGAAGUGCUAUCCAAACUUCAUACAAGCGCUCAAGAAGAACCCAUCGUAUGCACCAGCCUUCACGUCGUUGGGUAUCUACUACAGCGAGUGCGCGUCGCCGCCGGAUCCGACGCGUGCCUCAAAGUGCUUUCAGAAGGCGUUCGAGCUCGACGCGCGCGAGGCAGAGGCUGGACGGCGGCUCGCUGAAGCCUUCGCGGACGAAGGAGAAUGGGACCUUGUCGAGGUCGUUGCAAGACGAACAAUCGAGGGCGAGGGAGGUUUGGACGCUGGUGUUGGCGCCAGUGGUGCUGCCGCAAAGCGUUUCCUGCCGACCAAUGCGUGGGCAUGGAAAGCGAUCGGCGUAGUUGACCUUGUCCAUCGCAACUACCCUUCCGCUAUACAGUCCUUCCAGAUCGCUCUCCGUGCACAUCCAGAUGACGCACAGCUAUGGGUGCGCCUCGGCGAGGCGUACGGCAAAGCAGGGCGUCAUGCCGCCGCUAUCAAAGCCCUCGAGCACGCACAGGAACUGGCGCCGGACGAUUGGGUCUGCAAGCACCUCAUAGCUGACCUGCGUCGACAGACAGGCCACUUCGCGGAGGCUGUCGCUGUCUUCGAGGGCAUCCUGGAGAGUCAACCCGGAGAAGUAGGCGUGGUUGCAGCCCUCGCUCAGACCUACCUUGAUCUCGGUCGAUCGGAGGCUGCAGGCGGCUUCACCGCGCGGUCAGAGGAAUCUCUCGCUCAGGCGGCCAUCAACGCAAUGAAGGUCAUCCGCGAGCACCCUGGCUUCCGCGCUGUUGCGUGGAAGGUGGUGGGCGAUGCGGCGUUCGCGCUUUCGGAGCGCGAAGCGUUCGACGACCCCCACAUUGUCCUGUCGGUUCUCAACGAUAUCCUCAUGCUAUUGGAAGACACCAAGCACGAGCGACUCGAAGGCAUCGUGCAGCCGCCGUACAUCUCAGGCCGCACCAAUGUGACAAACGUGGACGCCGCGACGAUCGCCGUUCUGGCCUACGACUUGCGCGUGGACCUGAACGUUACGGAGAAGGUCGCUCGAGCGAGCGCUUGGUUCGACCUGGGCACGGCGCUUCGCUCGUGGUUGACCAAGCUGCCAUCUUCUUCUUCAGUAGGCGCGAGGGCAGAAAAGCUCGCGUUGUCGUGCAUGACGUCGGGUCUGCGUGAAGAUCCGGCGAACGAGACGUACUGGAUGUAUCUGGGCGACGCGCAUUUCACGUCGCAACCUAAGACGGCUCAGCAUUGCUACAUCAGGGCCCUGGACAUCGACAACAAGAACGUCGAGCUUUGGACACGCCUCGGGCUGCUUUAUCUGCACCAUGACGAUGUACAACUCGCCAACGAAGCUUUGUAUAGAGCGCAGGUACUUGACCCGGACUACACCUUGGCUUGGAUCGGCCAGGCGAUGGUUGCGAUCGCGAACGACCAUGAGAAGGACGCUACGACGUUGCUGGAGCAUGCAGUCGGUUUAUCGGCGACCAUUCGCACGUACGCUACUUUGCGUGCCAAAGCAAGUGGAACAACAAACCCCGAUCUAGUUCUGCCGGUAUUCGAUGUCCUCGAGCGCUACUUGCAAAAACGGCCAAACGACCCUACCGGUCUACACCUCUCAGCUCUCGUCCACGAAGCCCUCGGGCAUGCCGAACGAGGCGCGGACCUCGCGGGGCGCGCGGUAGACUUGCUCGAAGCCCUAUACGAGGAGACCGAAGACUCGGGCAUCGAGCGGCAGUACACUAUCGCGACCUCAAAUCGUGCUCGAAUGCAACUUGCCCUAGGUGCUCCUGCAGAGGCCGUCGCGGGCUGGGAAACCGUCAGCGGUCUGUUGGAAGGAGGGGAAGGCCCCGAGGUCACUACAUUGCGAGUGCAGGCCGGAUUCGGCAUCGGCCUGGCGCGGAUGCAGCUCGGCGAGCUGGAAGGCGCACUGGAGGCCUUUCAAGGUGCUUUGGAAGAAGCGGGAGAGGAUUUGGCUUUACGAGGGCAUGUCGCGGUGCUUCUUGCACAAGCGUUGUGGAGCCUUGGUACAGAAGAGGGUCGCGAGAGCGCGAAGGCGCAGCUCCUCGAUUGGUGCGUUCCGUCGACUAUAGAGCUCGUAGUGUUUCUGAUCAUAGCUUUUGCAGUAUAUCUUCUGAUCCUGAGAACCUGA